AGUUUGAAACAGUCAGGUGAUGGAGAGUCCAAAGCUUGAAGAACAGUGCCCCCUACAGGACAGCAAAGAAAUCAAAGAGAAAAUGGCGCAAGUUGAAUGUUCAAAACUGAAUGAGGAGCUUCUUGAGAAAGUUUCAAAGAAGAUAGGGAACAGAUGGCAGCAAAUAGGAAGGGAAUUAGAACUGAAACAAGCUCAGCUGGAAGUAUUCAAAAAGGACUUUCCUAACGACCAUAUAAAACACGCUCAUCUGAUGCUCCUCAAAUGGUUUACAACAUGUGAUCCUGCGAAGCGCACACUCAAAACUCUCCGGGAUGCUCUCGAAGAUGCCGAGUGUACCGAAGCAGUCGCAUGUCUACCAUCAGAAGCAAAGUGAACUUCUGCGUAAACUUUUCUUAUUUGACCCUAGGUCAAUCUUGACCAAACAGGGUCCUAUGGUCUAAUGCAUUCCAAUGAGGGCAACCCUCUUUUUACCCUAACACAACCCAAAACCUUAUUGUCUAACAUGUCUUUCUUUAAGAUGAUAAUUUUGUAAAUUAAAGAGGAUUCAAUUCCUGUGUUCUUAGAAAUUAAUUUUUGAAAUAAAGAUAAACUUUGAAAAUGUU